AUGGCAACAGGGAGGUUCUCCGGGUGGUGGUAUUCCCCAAAGACUUAUACCUUCCUAAGGAAGAUGUCAACGGAUGAUGGAGAUGCACCUAGUCCAGUUCUGCCAAGGGACUCUGAUCGGGGCAGCUCUGUGUCCUCUCAGCUACAGGAUGAAUAUGAGGAGCUCCUCCGCUAUGCAGUGGUCAGUCCUAAAUUUGAGACACACGCUGGCGCCCACCUGCAGCUGCUCAGCACUGCACAUCUGUCUACAGAGGACCGCAGUUCCCAUGGAAAUGAUGAUGCAAAAUCCCGCCGACCAGCAGGCUCUGCCCCUGAGGCUGAAGAUGGGAGGCAUUCCAGCAGGAGUGCAAGAUCAUCACAGGCCUCCCCCUUGAUAGUUGAGCCCCAUACACACUAUAGAGCCUCUCAUGUUGAAGAAACAACGGAUCAGUCAUGUGGGAGGGUCUCAGUGGUCUCCACCGAUCCAUCUGAUAGGUGGCUCACAGCAUCAGAAAGGUCCAGACAGAGCAGUCCAGACCCACUGGUGUCCAUGGUGACAGAGAUGUUUAUCUCAGAGGAGAACAUAAGCAAGAUGGAGAAUAUUCUGGAUACAUGGAGCAACAACCUCAAGUCCAAUGUGCUGAUGGAGUUGAGGAAAUGGAAGCUGGCCUUCAUAGAGCAACACAAGCUGGAAAGGAGAAAAGAAAGGGAGAGGUAUGCCGCCCAAACAGCUGGCCUCAACGCAGAGCUGGACAGCCUGAAGGAGCUGCUGCACACUUAUGAAACUUCUAACCAAAGGAAAGAUGAGGUGAUUGCAAAACUGAGCAAGGCACUGGACAGGCAAAGAGAGAAGUUUGAGAUGAUGAGGGCCUUCACCCACUGGAGACUAGAGCACAGCGAGGCCAAAGAGGAGGCCUAUGCUGUCCAAAAGGCACAGCAACAUUACCAUUUGCAGCUGAAGAAGAAGGUGUGGAGAGGCUGGCACUCCCUCGUUCAGAGACAUUGGAAGGACAAGGUGGAGCAGGCCUGCCGUGCCAGGGCUGAGGAGGUUUGCGUUCGCCUGUCUACGGAGUAUGAGGCCAAAAUGGCAGAACACUGUGAGGCUGUGGAGAAAGCCCAGGCAGAGAUCCAGAAGAUGCGGCUAGAACGAGAGCAGUAUGAGGAAUCUAUGAAGAAAGCCUUCAUGAGGGGGGUUUGUGCCCUCAACAUGGAGGCUCUCAGCAUGUUCCAUACCACAGAGGGACGGCCAGAGCAGUCGGCAGUUCACCAUCAGCAGGAAUUUCUGCCUCCCAGGGAUGAGCUGGGUUCCAGCACUUUGGCUCAGUUCCAUUGUCCUAUCUCCUCCUCACGGUUCAGCCCAUUCAACUUUGACCCACCCGGUCCUCCAUCACAGAGUGAGGCAGAGGAGAUGGUUGGCUUUAGUGCUCCUUUGUCCAGAGCAGAGGCGCUCCCUUCUACUACUGUGGUUCACAGCUCCCUCCCACUAGGGGGCACUGCAACCACCCACAGACAGGUCAGUGGGCGUGUAGUCACAUCCAGUCAACAGAAAUCCUCAAAAACGGUAACGGCCCGAAUCACUGCCCGUCCCAACCUCAGUAAGACCACACACAGCAAUCUAAAGGUUAUGGGUGUGGCUCCACCCAUGAGCGCUGUCAUUGUUGAACGUCAUCAUCCAGCGACACAGCUCACCACUGGUCAGGCCACUGCUGCCAAGUUGCGCUACACACAAAGUCACGGCCCGGCUGGAAGGAAGCGCUCCUCCAGAACACAUGCCAACACAUGCCACGUGCACUCCAUCAAGGUGGUAGACUGAGCACACACACAGGCGUCGCACACCUUAAUG